AUGCCUGCUCUUAAUUUUAUUGAUAUUUUUGAGUUGUUUGAAUACAAAACUAAUGGACCAGUUUCACAAACUGUGAUUCAAAAAUUACAGUCAUGGAACUUGAUAGCAAAUGACAAUUCAUUGAAGUGCGACCAGGGACAUAAUUUAAUAUUAUGUGCCAAUUUGGAAGCAACGGAUGGGUUUCAGUGGCGAUGUCGAAAAUCGAACGUUAAUAAAAACAAAAAAAAAGUGAAUUGUAAUAUAAGACUGUCGUUACGGAAAAACACGUUUUUCCAUAAUUCGCAUUUAUUUUUAUAUCAAGUUGUAUCGUUCUCAUAUUUAUGGUUGGAGAAUGUGUCACUUCGGUUUAUUGUGAAGCAGAUUAAAAUCGCUAAGCAAACGGCUGUUGACUGGUCCUCUUUUCAUAGGGAGAUGACUUUUUCUGCUAUGAUUACACAUCAUGGUGUAAUUGGAGGGGUCAAUAAAAUAGUGGAAAUCGACGAAUCUAAAUUUGGAAGGAGGAAAUACCACCGUGGCCAUAGAGUGGAAGGCCAAUGGGUUUUUGGAGGAGUCGAAAGAGAUAGUGGCCGUUGCUUUUUGAUUCCUGUUGAAAAACGAGACAAGGAGACAUUAUUAAAUAUUAUAAAGGAAUGGAUUGAACCCGGGACCACUAUCAUCUCUGAUUGUUGGAAAGGUUACGACUGUUUGGAGAAAAAAGGUUUUCAGCAUUUAACCGUGAACCAUUCCAUUCAAUUUAAAAACCCUGACAAUGGCGCACACACCAAUAACGUAGAGGGAAUGUGGAGACACGCAAAGGCAUUUCUUUUGCAGUAUUGUAGGAAAAAAAGAUUUUUUACGGGAUACUUAGCGAAGUUUAUGUUCAUUAAGCAUUGUAAAUCACUUAAUGUAGACCCUCUACCUGAAUUUUUUAAAAUAGCAGGGAAAUUAUAUGAUCCCGUUAAUGCUCUAUUGUUGGAAAAUAAUUCCGAUGAGUCUAAUUCUGACGAUGAUACAGAAGAAAACUGUGAAUAA